AUGGCAAACCUCAAGCGCCUGCUCAAUCCGGUUGACGGUGACGAUGAUCUUCCAAUCGACCCGACUUUCAAUGUCCCCUUCAUGGACAGAUCCAACUUCUACAGCAACAAUACAACGAGUACUGGAACCGACUACAAUGGGGACAUGCCUCGAGUCAGCCAGAAUCUCGGGCCCGGGUUCAUAAACCCAGCAAGUGAGGUUCCUAUUAUUCCAGAAGGCCCACCCGCGGAUAUCUUUAGCCAGAUCAAUGUCGGUGCAAUUGACCUGGAUCAAGACUUGCCAAACAUGGGAGGGUUCGACUACGACUUUGACGUCUCCUUCUUAGACGGCACACCCAAUAGCUUCCUGUCAUCGCCGCCAAACAUCGUCGACAGCACGGCUUCAUCACUUUCCCCACCAGACACACAAUUUGGGGGCUCCCUGAGCUCAUCAGUAGUGGGCAUCUCCAGUCAGUCGAGCGCUGCCUCGCCUCGGACAGAUGGGUCCCCUCGGACAGAUUCCUCACAUACCGACGCUUCACAGGCUGAGGAUGGCGAUGCCAAGAUCUGUUAUGGCAUGCUGUACAAUGUCGAAGUCAAGAUGGGUGGCAACAUGUCCACGGUAGACGAGAGACUCAAGGCAUGUCGCGAUCGGUACCAGCGUUUCACUCUGAAAGAGCAGAAGGACCAUCGAGAACAUGCCUUCCUCUGUUUCUCUGAUCAUCUAACUUUUGGACACCUCCGCUCUGGUAUCGGAAAAGUCCUAUUAUCUCUCAUGCUGCAACCGCAUGUCGAGUUCGAGCCAAUAGGCGAAACAGUUAAGCUCCGGGAGGUCAUCGAGAGGGCUGGCAAGCCUGGCGAUGCGAUCGUCAAGGUAAACAUCGACGUUUACGGGCCGCGAAACUCGGCUAAGAGGGUCGGCCAAGAGCUCUCGAAAGCCAAGUUGUGGUUGCAACGAUCAGACACUAGUCACAUCAUGAACCCAGACAUCGAGUAUCACAACCCCCAUUUCUUGCGCAUCACAAUCAGAGGCAACGAGGCUGAGAUCGUGCAGCCUUCGCAGCCGAUCGUGAAUAAUGCCGCUGCAAGAAAGCAGACAAGAGAAGAGCAGCUGCGAAAGAUGGUGGAGGAGGUGUAUAAGACAGUGGGUAGCAAUCGUGAUGUGGACAGGGCCGAGGGUGGUAGUCGAGUGACUCGGGAGCUACUUGACCACCAAAAGGAAGCCUUGGGCUUCAUGCUGGAGAGAGAGUCUGGUCACAUCGACGAAAAAUACCUAUUGUGGAGGGAAAUCCGUCACGCUGACGGAGCCGUGGAGUACAUGCACAGAAUCACAAGGAAGAAGAAAUCUCAGAGACCAGACGAAAAGGGAGGUGGUAUCCUGGCUGACGAGAUGGGGAUGGGAAAGUCGCUUUCCAUCCUAGCCUUGGUUAUGAGAACCUUGGAUGAUGGCCAAAAGUGGGCCGACGAGAAGAAUGAAGAGCACAAGGACAGGAAAUCCGUCAAAUUUUCCCGCUCCACGCUCGUUGUGGUUUCGGCUGCCUUGCUGAUAGAUAACUGGAUCAAUGAGAUUAGGAAGCAUCUCAAGGGGGGUCUCCGGGUCAUCAAGUAUCAUGGCAAUUCGCGGAAGGAUCUGACAGACAUCGAUGAUUCUGAUAUCGUCGUGACAACUUACCACACACUCUCUGCCGAGUACCAGGUAAACAAAGGAAGAACCUCUCCCCUCCAUCAGAUUGGCUGGUAUCGGGUCGUAUUGGAUGAAGCUCACAUCAUUCGACGUCCAACAACCACAUUCUACCGCGCCUGCAACUCUCUGGAAGCUGGUUCGCGCUGGUGUCUGACUGGCACUCCUAUCCAAAACAAGCUCGCCGACAUUGGAACCCUUUUUAGCUUCAUCAAAGCCGAUUCCUUCAAACAGCCCGGCGACUUUCGCAAGUACAUCGAGGCUCCGUACGAGCAGACAGUAGAAGAGCCCGACAAGGUCAAGAACCACCUCGUUCUACUUCUACAAGCCCUUUGCUUGCGUCGCACCCGGGAAGUUUUGAAUCUUCCCAGCACGAGGCAGACAGUCCGACGUCUUGACUUUAGCCCAGAGGAACGCGAUCAAUAUGAAAAGACAAAGAAUAUCCUAAUUCGCACCAUCAAGAACCGUGUUGGUGAGAUUGAGAACAGUUCCAAGUUUGGCCUGUUCCAGAUGAGAUUACAGCUCCGUAUUCUCUGCAACCACGGCACGUACCAGAAGGCCUUUUCGUGGCACCGCCGAAGUCUCCAAGACGAAAAGGAGGCACUGAUAGGAUCUUUCGGAGGACAUGGAGAGAUGACCUGCGCUGGCUGUCAACAGCCUGUGCCAAUCUUGGGCUCAAACUGGGCAGAGGGAGGCAAGUUUGAGGAUGAGUGCGCGCACAUACUGUGCUCCGAGUGCAUAGAUGAGUCAACCUGGGCAGGCUCUGGAGUUCCUCCGGGACGAUGCCCAGUGUGUGUGAGAUGGAGUCAGCCCAGUCGCCAUGCUGGCGGGACAGAUCAGGAUGUUGAAAUGUCCGACGCUCCAGUCAAGAAGUCAUCAGCCGAGGAUGACCACAAACACUACUUCAACACCGAUGGCGUCUCAACCAAGAUGCAAGCCAUCAUCAGGGACGUAAGAAUGGAUCUCUGGAGAACAAAGAGCAUCAUCUUUUCCUGCUGGACACGAACUCUUCAUCUCUUGUCUAGGCAUCUAGAAGCAGCCGAUAUCCCAUAUCACCAGAUCGAUGGCGAUUGCCCGAUUCCCAAACGGCAGGAAAAGCUAGACGCGUUUGCAAGAGACGAUGACAUCCCGGUUCUCAUCAUGACGACGGGCACCGGAGCUUUUGGACUUAACCUGACCUGUGCAAACCGAAUCUUUAUCGCAGAACUCCAGUGGAACCCAAGUGUCGAGAACCAAGCAAUUGCUCGAGCCAUCCGACUUGGGCAGGAGAGUGAAGUUCGUGUCAUGAGAUAUAUCAUCAAUGACACAGUAGAAGUGGAAAUGAUGGUGCAGCAGAGGUACAAGAAGAAUCUAGCUGCUCUAGGGUUUGAAGACUAUGAUGAGGACUGGAUGGACCCUGAGAUACAGGCGCGCGAGUAG